UUCUUAUUUAAGUUUUAGGCAGCAAGCUUAGAAUUCCUUGCUAUCUUGGUGUCAUCUUUGUCAAUAGCUUCUUCAUAGAUGUCCCUCACGUAGCAGCGUAGGGUUUGCUUCUCCGCCGAUUAUUUCGUGCGGCCUGAUUUUGUUUUUAGUUUUGUGGGAUCUCAGCAAGAACAAUACGGGAGUUUUCUUCGAGUUCUGAAACGAACGCAACAGUCACCCAUGACAACAAUGGAGGUUUUAGUACAUGUCUAUCAAGGAAUGAUCCUAGAGGAGAACGAAGGUCUCACUGUGGUCGUAGAUGAUGAGCUAGUGAAGGGAGAGGACGAGAACGAAGGAAUGAUCUUUGAAAAUACAUUCUAAGGGAUAAAAGAAUAAUUAAAACCGCAACCAGACCAGAGUUUUGGAUUGAAAUUAGCUAAAGGCCUAGAGCUAGUGAUGGACUCGGGCCAGUCCGGGUCGCGCCAAGGGUCGGGCCAGUCCGGGUCGCGCCAAGGGUCGGGCCAGUCCGGGUCGCGCCAAGGGUCGGGCCUAACCGGGCUUUUUUUGGUUUCUUGAGAUCCGGAAUCGGCCCUGGUAGCUACCGGGUCCAGGCAGGAUACCUUAUUUUUUUCUAAUUACUUCCUACCCCCACCUCAUCCCAAACCCCUCAAAAACACCCAGCCCAACCCAUUUAUCUCCCAAAGAGUUUGAAAAACAAAGGGAAAAAGUGCAAAUAAGCCCUCGAACUAACCGAAAAAAUGCAAAUCACCACUUUUAUAGGAAGCUCUGUCUGACCGUCGCCAUUUGAGACAUUCUGUAGAUGUGGGUAAUCUCCAACGCAACCGCAAGAGGGAGAUUGCAUCGACUCGAUCUACUUCACGCAAAGGCAAAGGUAAAGCGCGGGCCGAGUCUUCUUUUCAAAGUCGAGAUGAUUUUGAAACGGAUUACCAACGGCGAGAUGGUAUGAUGAUGUCCGACGAGGAACUACAACACCUAUUGUCCCAAAAUGAUCCACGUUUUGCACAAGAACAACAAUUCCCGACAACCAUCGAUGAAGAGGAGCUCGAGGAUGACGAUGGGGAGGAGGACGCGGGGGGCGACGGGACUCCGGAUGAUGAGGAAGAGGACGAGGGCCCUUCAACGACUACAACCAAAAUUGGUAAGAAAUCUAAAUCUGCUAUUAUUGAAAACAAUUUUACAAAAAGGAAAGACGAAAAAACCGAAAAAUGGUACGCAAGUUGCAAUCAUUGCAAGAAAGAGUUUAGCUUGGGAAUUUCUGGCGGAUACGGGAGUCUCAAAAGACAUCUUCAGUCCACCCACGUUGUGGAGUAUGCGAAAAUAGACAAAGGAAAGGGGAAGCAAACACAAAUAUCAAGGUUUGCAAAUUCUCAACCCUUUGGUAAUUUUUCCUAUGAUGAUAAAAAACAUUUGACUGGUAUGUCUCAUUUAAUUGUUGAAGAAAAUUUACCCUUUAUUUUUUCCGAAAGUCUUGCUUUAAGAGAUUAUGCUCAAGGUACUUUAAAUCCUCAAUUUAGAAAUUAUAGUCGCAAAACGAUUAAAAAAGAAGUUAUAAGGCAAUAUAACUUGGAAAAAGAAAAAUUACAAAUAUUUUUCGCAAACUUUGAUGGACGUGUUAGUAUUUGUAGCGAUAUAUGGGAGGAUACUUAUCAUCAUUUAUAUUAUUUGGGUCUAACUGCACAUUAUAUUGAUGAUGAUUGGAAUAUGCAUAAACGUGUUCUUGCUUUUCGUGAAUUCAAUGAUCGUCACACUGCUGAUAAUAUUUAUAUUCUCAUUGAACGUAUUUUAAUUGAGUAUAAUUUGAUUGAUAAGGUGUUUGCUGUAGGUUUUGAUAAUGCUAGUAAUAAUACUGCUGCUAUACCUAGAUUACGUGAAUUGUGUGGUGCUUCUACAUUGAUGGGUAGAUUUUUUCAUCAACGUUGUGCAUGUCAUAUUCUAAAUUUGUGUGUACAAGAUGGCUUAGCGGCAUUAGGAAAUGUUUUGGAGGUAGUGAAGGGGGGAAUUAAAUUGAUUUGGGCUAACACUCCACUAAAAAUGCAAUGGCGGCAAUAUUUGAAGGAUAGACGCGUGAAUUAUUGUGCUUUUCCUAAAGAUUUGUCUAUUCGUUGGAAUAGUACUUAUAAUUUAAUUCAAGUACUUGUUAGAUAUAAAGAUCAUUUUCCAGCUUUUUUAAGACAAACUUGUAACUAUAUUAUAAACCCGGCUGACAUCGACACUUGUGAAAAAAUUGUUAAUGUUUUGGCAUAUUUUAAUAACGCAACUCUAACUUUUAGUCAUGUUUAUAAACCUACCGCAAACGAAUUUUUUGUUGAAGCUGUUAAUCUCGCCGGCGCUUUUUGUGAAUUUUCCGACGCCGCUUACGUUAGUUAUUUUUGUGAUUUCAUGAAACAAAAGUUUUUAAAAUAUUAUUCACAUAUUCCGCAUAUAUAUGGUAUUGCAUUUGUUCUUGAUCCUCGUUAUAAACUUCCUUACUUGGCAAAUUGUAUAGAUUACUAUUAUGCUUCUUUUUUUCCAACUCAAGAGUUCGAUGAUAAUCCCAUCGACCCUAAACAAGAAUUCAACGAGAUUAGUAAUUUAUUUCAUCAAUUGUAUAAUGAAUUUCAUGCACAAUAUGGUAAUGCACCCCCUCCCAUGCAACGAACAUCUUCUUCAUCUAAAGGAAAAUCACUUUUAAAAUCCGCUUUUGGUUCUCUUUUGAAAAAAAGUAGAGCAACUCCCGCUACUGAACAAAGCUCAGGUAACGAGCUUUCUUUGUAUCUAACAUUGAAUGUUGAUUAUGAAGUUGGUGAUGACUUUGACGUUCUUAAGUGGUGGAAGGAAAAUGAAAGAACAUUCCCGAUUUUAUCAAAGAUGGCUAAGCAAGUACUAGCAAUGCCGAUAUCAACCGUUGCCGUGGAACAAGAAUUCAGUGCGGCCGGCAACGUCCUAACCGAUUUUAGAACGAGGUUGAGCCCGAGUUCUCUUGAGACACUAGUUUGCUUUCACGAUUGGUUGAAGGCCCAACGAAGAACUCAAGAAAUUACCAUCACUCCCUCCCGCCACUUUAUGGAGGAAACAACCGAAGGCGGAGAGUCCGAUUGAUUUUUUAUUACAAAAUGUAUUACAUUUUUUAAAUUCAUCCUAAUUCUCAAUUGUACUUCUUAUUUGAAAUAAAUAUACUUCAAUUCGAAUAUAAUAUAUUGUAAUUGUAAUAAGAUUUAUUCUAAUUAUAUAAUAAUUAAAAAAAAAUUAAAUAGGCCCGGCCCGGCCCGCCGGGCGGCCCGGCCCGUGAACCGGGCGGGUGACCCGA